AUGUGUGCUGCGCCCCCCCAGGUGGAGAAGGAGAAGUUGGUGCGUCUGGAGGGGGAGGUCCGGACUCUGGAGGGGGGGCUGCAGGGUGAGAGGAUGGAGAGGGAGAAGCUGGAGGUGGAGCUGGGGAGGGAGAGAGACUGCAACCGGGUUCAGCUGGGAGAGACGGUCAGAGAGCUGAAGGAGAUCAAAUCCACUCUGCGCAUCUCACAGAAAGAGAAGGAGCAGCUGCUGGCUGAGAAACAGAAGAUGGAGCAGAGACUGGACAGCGAGGGCCAACUCAAGUCUCCCCUGACCGCCUCCGAGACUCCCAGCCGCCCCGACUCCCCCCUCUCGGACUCGGAGGACGAGUCCCCCGAAGACAUGCGCCCCCCCCGCGAGCGCAGCGCCUACAGCCUGUGUGACAACACUGCCGUCGCCACGGAGACCCCCGGCUUCCAGACCCCGCCCCCCUCUCCACGACAACCGGCCAGGAGGGGCGUGGUGGUCAGCCAGCCCGCCCCCAUCGCAUCACACCUCCCUGCGGCUGGCACGGAGACAGGCAGCUCGGAAUCGGUGAGGCAGGCAGACAGACAGACAGACAGGCAGCUCGGAAUGGGUGAGGCAGACAGACAGACAGGCAGCUCGGAAUGGGUGAGGCAGACAGACAGACAGGCAGCUCGGAAUCGGUGA